GCUACGGCUGUUAUAUUAUAACAAGCACGGGCACCAACCCCAACUGUAAUAGUAGUUCUUGCUGUCCACGUUUUUUCUCCUUUAGUCAGCCGAAAACGACGCCGUUCAGUCAAGCUCGCCGGUGACUGGAAAAUGGUGGACUCGGUGGAGCUACCGAGCGACGAGCAGCGAUCGUUACUGUCAGAUUCCAACAAUGGUGACCGGUCUUGGCGGUUGAACUUCGACGGGUUUCAGUUGUCUUCGGAGCACACAGAUAAGCAAGUUAAACCCUCUCGCGGCCUUCACGAUUGCUAUGGUGUUCUAGGUCAAGAAGAUAAUAUUGCUGAGUACUAUCAGCAGCAGGUUGAAGUGCUUGAGGGCUUUAAUGAAAUGGAUGCCUUAGCAGAGCGUGGUUUUAUUCCUGGAAUGUCAAAGGAGGAGCGAGACAAGUUGGCAAGAAGUGAGACUUUUGCCAUCAGAAUAUCGAACAUAGCUAACAUGGUUCUUUUUGCUGCCAAAGUUUAUGCAUCAAUCAGAAGUGGUUCCCUAGCCAUCAUUGCAUCCACUUUAGACUCGCUUCUUGACCUCCUUUCUGGAUUCAUCUUAUGGUUCACUGCAUUUUCCAUGCAAACACCAAACCCAUAUCAGUAUCCUAUAGGAAAGAAACGAAUGCAACCAUUGGGAAUUCUUGUUUUUGCCUCUGUCAUGGCGACACUGGGACUGCAAAUAAUUUUGGAGUCUGUCCGCACGUUGAUAUCCAGUGAUAAUGCAUUUAAAUUGACCAGGGAACAAGAGCGCUGGGUUAUUGGUAUUAUGCUUUCAGUGACUUUGGUGAAAUUCCUACUGAUGAUUUAUUGCCGCUCUUUUAAUAAUGAGAUUAUUAAAGCCUAUGCCCAGGAUCACUUUUUUGAUGUGAUCACUAAUGUCAUUGGCCUCAUUGCUGCACUUUUGGCAAAUUAUGUUUAUGGUUGGAUGGAUCCAGUUGGUGCUAUCAUUCUGGCUUUGUACACUAUCCGCACAUGGUCAUUGACCGUGUUGGAAAAUGUUAAUUCCCUGGUUGGAAGAUCAGCUGCACCAGAGUAUCUUCAGAAACUUACAUACCUCUGCUGGAACCACCACAAGGCUGUCAGGCACAUUGAUACCGUCCGGGCUUACACAUUUGGAUCUCACUACUUUGUCGAGGUUGAUAUUGUCCUGCCUGCAGAUAUGCCCUUGCAAGAGGCUCAUGAUAUUGGGGAAUCAUUGCAAGAGAAGCUUGAGCUUUUGCCUGAGAUCGAGCGUGCUUUUGUUCAUCUUGAUUAUGAAUUCAGUCACAAACCUGAGCAUGCCCAAGCACAUUCUUAGCUGCAAUAAGGAAAAGAAAUGCCUUCUUGUUUAUUUCGUUUUUGUAUAUGUAAACCAUUUCAGGUAGAUCAGAACCUGAACAUCAGUGUAAGCUACUGAAAAGGUUCUAUUCCUGCACUGAGAGCUGUAGAAUUGAAUUAGGGACAUGUCCUGAAGCCUAUAAUGUACCCUGAGCUCUCAAUCCCAAUUUAUAUACGGACGUCAAUGGAGAGAGAAUCUAAGAAAUGUCAUCCAGUCAAGCUCAAGUUUAGUACAUAAGACCCUCCAUUCAGAAUAGCCCAUGUUUCUAGGAUUUUGACCCACAAAGAAGAGUUCCAUCCGCCUGGUAGAAGUCAAGCUCAAACAUUUUAUCAAAACUCUCCAAAAUUCAUGUUCUCAUUAUUUGUCUAGUGAAUACAUGUCAAAAACCUUAAUAUAAGAGAUUUAACAAUAAAUAAGAUUUUAA